AUGAAAAUAAUUCAUUGUAUUUCAGGCAGUGAAAAGCAUAUAUAAACUUAAUAAACUUUAAAAAAAUUGCAAUAAAUAAAGCAUCAGAAUUUAGUUUAAAUUUAUGAAUUUUUUGAUGAAGAAGGCUCUUUUUAUAUAUUUAUGGAAAAAUGUGAUUAAGAUGUUGAUGAAAUGAUAUAAAAAUUAAAAAUCAAUUUAGAAAAUUAAGAAUCUUUAACUAAAUUUAUAGAGAAUUUCAUAAUUUAAAUCGUAAAUGGUUAUUGUAGAUUAAUGGAAGAUAAUAUAAUUCAUAGAGAUCUUAAACCAUAAAAUAUCUUAUACAACAUCGUAGACGAAAACUAAUAUGUAUUCAAAGUAUGAUUUAUAAAUAUUUAAGAUUUGUGAUGAUGGUUUUUCAAAAAUUAUAGAUUUAAAUCAAGAUUAUGGUAUGACCUCUGUAGAGCAUUUAAAUUAUUAUUAAGCUCCCGAGUUAAAAGAAGAUGAAUAUACAUAUAAAUUAGAUAUUUAUUCUGUAAAUUAAUAUAUAAUUUCCAGUUUGGGCUUAUUUUAGCUGAAAUGAUAAUAGGCAGAAAAUUUACAGAAGUAGAAAAAUUAUAGCUCUAAGAUUCGGUAAUUUAGUUAACUAAUAAUUCACCUAAAGAUAUAAUUUAUUUAAUUAAUUAAAUGUUGGCCUUAGAACAAAAAGCUAGAUUAUCAUGGACGCAACUUAAACUUAAAUAUUUUUAUCCUUAAUAUAAUUCAUAAAAUGAAAAUUUGCAAAAAAUUUAAGAUAUUAAUGGUAAAAAUAUUUGUAUCAAGCCAAUUUGUAAAAGAUAACAUAAUGCUUACUAAAAUGAAUUAAAUGAGAUCAAAAUUAAUUUAAAAAUUAAAAAUAAUCAAAAACAAAAUGAUAACAUAAUUAAAAUUAUUGAAGUUUUAAAUGAAAAAGAUUAUGAUUAUUCCUAUAUAAUAAUGGAAGAGUGUGAAGGAGAUCUAAAUUAAUUGAGAGCAAAAAUUGGAUUGUUUAAUUAUUAAGAUGUUCUUAAUUUACUAGAAUAAAUCAACAAUGGAUAUUAAUUUCUAAUUGAAAAUUAAAUUGUUCAUCGUGAUCUUAAGCCUUAAAAUAUAUUGUAUUAAAGAAAUAAUUCUAAGUAUUGUUACAAAGUAAAAUUUGUAUAUUAUUUAGAUUAUUGAUUUUUAAUAUAGUUUUGAAUUGAAAAAUUAAAACUUUUCUGCUAGUUCUAAAACUGGAACCCGCAUGUACCAAGCACCUGAAAUUGAUGGUAUAUAAGAAUACGAUUAUAAAUGUGAUAUUUAUUCUGUAAAUUUAAAUAUUAUAAACUUAGUUAGGAAUAAUCAUAUUAGAACUGGUAAUAAAUAUAGAACUUUUUAAAUAAUUAAUGGAAGAAAAGUAAAAAAAAGAAUGUUGUGUACUUUAAAUAAUGA